AUGGAAAGUGUUAGUGGUGUUACUGGUGUAUCUGGAACCCAACCUGAGUUGGAAGCACCUGCUGUAGAGACUGUUACUCCUCAGUCUCAGCAGCCUUUGCCUCCACCUGUUCCAAAGAAAAGGAAAGAGGUUGAAUCCAAGGCUCCAUGUUGGGAUCACUUUGAAAAGAUCAAAGACAGUGAGGGCAUUGUCAUCAAAGGAAAAUGUAUAUACUGUGCAAAAGUGUAUUGCUGUGAGACCAAGAAACAUGGGACUUCUUCUCUCAGACUUCAUGUGGUAAACUGCCUUAAAAAUCCUCACUCUAAGGAGACAAGGCAGUCCCUACUCACAUUCCAACCUGCACCUUCUUCUGCUGGAACUCAAAGUAGUGAAGGAACUGAAGGGGUGUUGGGUACUUGGGUGUUUGAUCAAGACUUGAUAAGGAGAGCCUUAGCUGAGAUGAUUAUUUUAGAUGAACUUCCUUUUAGGAUUGUUGAGGGACAGGGUUUUAGAAAGUUUGUUUUAGUUUGCUGUCCUAGAUUUAAAAUCCCUUCAAGAUGGACUAUCAGUAGGGACAUUUUCAAGAUAUUUUCUGAUGAGAGGGUCAACUUGAAGAAGUUUUUUAGGACUAGCAGUCAGAGGGUAAGUAUCACAACUGAUACUUGGACCUCAGUCCAGAGGAUAAACUACAUGUGCAUAACUGCACAUUUCAUUGAUAGUGAGUGGAAGCUGCAAAAGAAGAUUAUUUCAUUUGUUCCUAUAUAUUCCCACAAGGGGGAAAGUAUUGCAAAGGCUUUAGAGAGUUGCCUUUUGGACUGGGGUCUAAAAUCAGUGUUUAGUGUGACAGUAGAUAAUGCUUCCAGCAAUGAUACUGCCCUAGGAUUCUUGAAGAAGAAGUUGGGCUCUUGGGGUUGUACUGCUAUUAGGUGUAAGUAUUUGCACAUGAGUUCUGUUAAGAAAGUCAGGGAUGCUGUUAGGUAUGUGAGGAGCUCACCUGCUAGGUUGCAGAAGUUUAAAUCACUAGCUGGUCUAAUUGGGGUGGAAGCUAAGAAUUCUCUGUGUCUAGAUGUCCCUACAAGGUGGAAUUCCACAUAUAUGAUGCUUAAUACUGCAUUACUGUUUCAGAAGGUAUUUGAAGCCUAUGAUGAUCAUGACAGUUCAUUUAAAUCUGAUUUGGGUGGAAGUGUACCUGAUUUCUUAGAUUGGGAAUCCAUUCAAUCUUUGGUUAUGAUUCUGAAAUCUUUUUAUGAAAUGACUGUUAGGAUUUCUGGAUCAUUGUAUCUGACUUCUAAUACCUUCUUCUCUGAGAUUUCUGAUUUGUCUUGCUUGUUGAAAAAUAUGGAGGAAGCUACAGAAGAUAGUGUUAAACUGAUGGGUAAAAACAUGAGGGCAAAAUUUGAUAAGUAUUGGGGUGAGCCUGAAAAAAUGAAUUUUUUGAUAUUCUAUGCAAAUAUCUUAGACCCCAGGGACAAAAUUGAGUAUAUGCACAUUCAGUUUAACCAGUUAUAUGGUGAGGAGAAGGGUAAAACAAUGUUUGAUAAGGUGAUUGUUGGCCUUAAGGAGUUGUUUGAAGAUUAUGUUGCAUGCUUCCCUGUCCAGUCUGUUGAACAAUCUGAAAAAUUUUCUCCCUCAAUAACAAUAUCUGAUUCUGUUUCUGUUGGGAGACCUCAAUCAUUACUGAAAUCUCAGAUUAAGAAGCAAAAAUUGGUGAGUGGGGAUUUGUCUAGGAAAAAAACUGAGUUGGAAGUGUAUCUCUCUAAGGUUAUUGUGGAUUAG